CGCACCGCCCAGAUCAAUCAGUCAAUCAGUCCGUGCCAGCGCCCGGCGCGUCCAGCUACAAAAAGGCACAUCCCCCCUCGCCGACCUCAAUUUUCUCCUUCCAACAACCACUUCUCGACUUUUGUCCGCGACCAUUCACGACCGAAGCAAAAACGCCCGCUUACGCAUAUCCAUCUGUUGAAUUUUCAUUCUCGAACUAUCGAAAUCACCAAAAUGCCUCCCAAGCCCGCCGACAAGAAGCCUGCCUCCAAGGCCCCCGCUACUGCCUCCAAGGCCCCCGAGAAGAAGGAUGCCGGAAAGAAGACUGCCGCCUCUGGCGACAAGAAGAAGCGCACCAAGGCCCGCAAGGAGACCUACUCCUCCUACAUCUACAAGGUCCUCAAGCAGGUCCACCCUGAUACCGGUAUCUCCAACCGCGCCAUGUCUAUCCUGAACUCGUUUGUCAACGAUAUCUUCGAGCGCGUUGCCACCGAGGCUUCCAAGCUUGCUGCCUACAACAAGAAGUCCACCAUCUCCUCUCGUGAGAUCCAGACCUCUGUUCGCCUCAUCCUCCCCGGCGAGCUUGCCAAGCACGCUGUAUCGGAAGGCACUAAGGCCGUUACCAAGUACUCUUCCAGCACGAAAUAAGUGUUCUGUGACGGGGUGUUUCGUGUCUUUCCUCUCAUUUUCUGUCUAGGGCAUUAGGAUUUGUUGGCAUUUGGGUGUCACUUACGAGGAGACUUUUGGCCAGAGGUUCCAACACAAUCCGCUUGGCGUCUCUUCUAAUUGCAAUGCGUUACGGAUGGUCUGCUUUUUUUAUUAUCUUUGGGGGCAAUGUCUUCUCACGGCUUAUGGGGUUCUUGCGAUUGUACAAUAACAUACCUUGACAUCAGGGUUUCGGACGAAAUGAAAUCGUGCACAUGAUCAAAGAACAGAGCGUGGUUGAGCUUGAUCAGUGAUGGCGCCUUCGCUUCAACGACACCGGGGGGGGGAGAAAAUGAACACCCAGCAAGGGCCCUCAAAUGAAUGGCCCUGUUUUGACCGACGAAACCAACCAUAACUGCCAUGACCCCAAGGGCACCAUCGCGGCUUUGAAACUCUGAAACGGAAUUUGGCCCGAUGUCACUGGGCAUGGUUAGUGAGUACGUUCGUCAGAACUAGUCAAGCCCAUGGUUUGGCCUCACAAAGAGAGGGUUCGGCGCUGGGCCGAUUUGGCGAAGAAAUAGUCGUUUCUCGUGGACGAGCCACUGUUGCCUAUGGUGAUCGUUGAGGCAAAAAGAGAGGGGGUUGCGGUUGGAGCACCGAACCGAGCGUUUAUGCUCUAUAUUAUGUAACGGGCUACGCAGGAGAGAGGUGUGAUGCAGGAGGUGAAGACCUAACGGUCGACAGUCUGUUUCCGGCAUAUGCAUCUCGACGUCGUGAUGGGAGAGCUAGUUAUAACCAGUCACUGCUUACACCAGAAAAGAACCCCCCUUUGAUUUCCUG